CUAGAAUGUGGGCCUGUUGGUGUGACAGACAGAAAUGCAAUCUCAGAUGCCAGAAUGACAGCAAGCACUGUCUUUGAUACAAGAUUUUAUCCGUACUAUGGCCGACUUCAUGAAAACAGAGGAUAUGGAGGAUGGUGUCCCAGGACUGUAUCUGACAGAACAGACUAUCUUCAAGUUGAUAUGGGUAUAAUGCUGUCUGUUUGUGCUGUGGCCACCCAAGGCGAAAGGAUAAACAAUGAAUGGACUACCAGCUACAAACUGCAACUAUCCACAGACGGUGUAACCUGGAACGUUUUCGAGGAAAUCAACACCGCAAAGGUUUGAUCGGCAACUAUUAGUAAUGAUUAUAGGACCACAAAGAGUCCAACUCAGUAGGUUACAAAAGCGACUUUCAAAAUUCCACCACUGCAAGCAGGAGUGUGAUUUGUUGCUAUUCACAAGUAUGAUUACUGACCGAACGGUGGGACAAAAAGUCUUGUGACUAAUCUGCCAGAACCAUUGUCAAGUUGAAGAAACAAAAUAGCCAUCAGGGAAUGCAUUCAUAAAUAACAGUUUACUUUCAUUUUAAAAAAAAGAUGCACCCAAUAGUCUGCUAAUAACUAUCACGAUUUGGAGAUCUUUGCCAAUAUGUUGAAUGAAGCCAAAUUGACUGCAAUUGCCAAUAGUAUGCUCUCUCUUGGUGAUAAACUGAGGAGUGACAUUAAAAGAAUGAAUUAGCGAAGUGGUUUCAUUCCAGAGUUUUUAGCAGCUCUCAAGCUUGUAUGUCUUUCACUACUGAGAUUUUUUAAUUAUCUUAAGAUUUUUUUUCCUUUUUUUGCGACAAGAUUUAAGAGAAAGGCUACAGUUCUAUCAUAGAUUAUUCAUUAAGAGAUCCCCGUCUAAAACUACCUUAAUACUUUAAAUGCAGCAUAAGCUUGCUGGCCAAAAUUGAUGUAAGUUAGAUCGUCUUCCACACUUCAACCUUUCCAUAAAACAUUUCCCUUUAAAUGUGUUGCCGAAUUAUAAUAUUUUCUCGCUAUGAUGUUUGCAUUUUUUUCUCUUCCAGGUUUUCCCAGGAAACUCAGACCGACACAGCGUUGUAAAGCAUUUCCUCGCUACUGACGUCAUGGCCAGUUACGUUCGGUUUUAUCCCGUCACCUACCACACUUUUCCUUGUUUGAGAGUUGAAAUAUUUGUGCGAAAAUGA